CCGCGGUCCACAGCGAUCACAGCUGCCCAUUUCGUCAUAGCCCACCAAGCUCCUGUGUGCUCUGCCUUUUUCAAGCUCGACUAAUUUUGCACCUCGGUUUCUACAUAUUCACCAUGGCCCACCAGAGCGGAAUCAAGGUCUCAGACGAGCUCGCAACACGGUUCAUCAGCGCGCUGAAUGACACAACUACGCGCGCACUCAAAGUCAGCAUUGUCAAUGAGUCGCUUGAGGCGGCAGAUGAGCAGACGGUCAGCGGCACCUUUGAUGAAGACUUUGCGCAUGUGGCCAGCCUCCUACACGACACCGACCCCUGCUACGUGCUGGUCCGCCAAGACCUUGCUGGCAACAAAUGGCUGUUCUGUGCAUACAUCCCCGACAGCGCCAAGGUGCGCGACAAGAUGCUAUAUGCGUCAACGCGGGCGACAGCAACAAAGAUGCUUGGCGACUCGUAUUUCGUCGACUCGCUGUAUGGCACCACCCGUGAUGAGUUCUCGCUGGCCGGGUAUGAGCAGCACCGGCGACAUGAGGAGUCGAGUGCGCCGCUGACAGAGCGUGAGCUGGAGCUGGAGCGGAUCAAGGAGAUCGAGAGCAACUCAGUCGAUGUACCAACGCUUGAUACUCGCAAAUCACAUGUGACGGGCGUCAGCUUCGAUAUCGAUGAGCAGGCACGCGAGGCGCUGCACAGCUUUGCCUCAGGCACAGUCAACUUUGUGCUGUUGGCUGUGGAUAGCAAGAACGAGCGCGUGCUGCUGGACCGUAGCGAGUCGCUGCAGGACCACGGGCAGGUUGCCGAGUGCUUCCCGGAUGAUAUGCCGCGCUUCGCUUACUACUGGUAUGACAGCACCACAGUGAUGUUCAUUUAUGCAUGCCCCAGCAGCAGCAGCGUACGGGAGCGCAUGCUGUACUCAACGUUCCGUGCGGGGCUUUGUCACGAGGUCGAAGCGCUGGGCGUUAAGGCGGCGGUGCGGAUGGAGGUCGAUGAGCCGCGUGAGCUGACAGCGAGGGCGCUGGAGGACGAAGUUGGGUUCAAGACCGACUCAGGCGCGUCCACGCCGCGUCCGCCGGCCACACAAACCAAGUUCAGGCGGCCAGCUCCGCCUGGGCGUCGUCCACGGACAACCAAGCCCUAGCCAUUUUUUAUAUCACAACCGAGCCGAGUUGGGGAGCGGCAGUGUGCCGAGCCGGAUGACGCGGCACCCACUAUGCAGCCUGUACCAGCCCUACGUAAAAUUCUACCAGCGUCAUUC